AUGGUUGUUACGUUGAAAAAGAACAAUCGAGUUAGUGGAGACAAUCGAACGAAAUGCGUUCAUUGAAAUCACGAUUGGGUAUUGUCAUUGUUCCGUCGAUAAGAUAGACAAAUUCUUGAUCAGAGAGAAGAAGACGUACCGUAGAGAAAUAUAAGCUGUGGUCAAUUGGUCGAACGAUUGGUGAUCGAGUGGUUUUACUGUUCCGUACAGUUCCGUAAAUGCGGAUGUGUGUCGGAUCAAAGACGAUUAUUGUGCAAGUACCGAGUACUUCUCGAAACACGAAAUCUGAAGGUCGAUAAUAAACCGUGGUUGAGACGAGUGGUGCGAGUUAACGGUCCCUUGGUGCUUUCGUCAUGCUGUCAAAAUUGAUGAGGAAGACAGAGUUGACGGGAGAUGCUCGCUGAUAUGGAGAUUAUCGAGAAUCCUCUAGUCCGCGGGCCGCCUCUACUUAAAAGGUUUCCCGGAAGUUUUCACACGAGGAACACGCAAAAAGGUGCGAGUCGUCGGGCAACUUGCUGUCCUGUCGGCUUCCUAAAAUUUUAACGUCGAUAUCAUCUGAUUCCCGACUUGACUCGCUCGUUUGUUUUCUAUCUCACUUAUCAUCCUCGAAGGAUACCGCAACACGUACCUAAAUCAGUGUUAUCCUCGCGUUGCGAGGUCCUUUUUUCGCGAUGGCCUCGUCAUCGAAGACUCCGUAUCAAGAAUUAAUGGACAUGGGCAAACGUGAUGCAGCUGCUCGUAUCUAUGCAGAAUGUAGCAGUAAUCCAAACCGUAACACUAGUUGUCCACCUCAUCUUAAAGGAUUGUUAGAUAUACUCUUAGAUCCUAGUACAGCCAUCGAUGAAUGCGAAACCAUUGACUGGUGUAAAUGGUUGAUGGCUGGUGGUCGUACUCCGGAUGAAUUUGCUAACGCAGUGAGAAUGUACGAUAAUGCUACAACAUGUGGGCUGGUUUGGACUCCCAAUUUUGUAGCAUACCGUUGUCGUACUUGUGGUAUAUCGCCGUGUAUGUCCCUGUGUACAGAAUGCUUUAAAAGGGGCAAUCACUAUCGUCAUGACUUUAAUAUGUUUCUCAGUCAAGCUGGAGGUGCAUGCGAUUGUGGUGAUACAUCGGUUAUGAAAGAAACAGGAUUUUGCGACAGACAUGGUCCAAAAGCUGCAGUUUGUAAAUCUACUGCCCCUUCAGAUUUAUUGUGUGUAGCAGAAGCAAUGAUGCCUAGAAUAAUUCUUCGUUUUAUUCAACAUUUGCGCGAUAUCUGUAAAGUUGACGGACCAGAUUAUAGAGUUGCUAUCGAAGAUGCAGAUGGGUAUUUAACCAUGCUUCUUGACUUGAAUAAAAUGGGUGCAUUAAUGAGGAACGUUAUUACAUCGGCACUUACGAAUCCGCAAAAUUAUAGAGAUCUCAUGAAUCCGUCUGUCUCGACUGGACAGACAGAAUACGAUAUUUAUUGUCGGGAUAGUAAUAAAAUAUAUCAAGAUGCAGUGAACUCCUUACCAAAUCCAGAACCACCUGAUGAAUACAAAGACUGUGCAUCGUUACAAGAACAUUUAGAACAUACUACUUUCUUAGAAGAAUUAGUGUUCUGGACGGUAGCUUACGAAUUUCCGCAAAAAUUAGUUUGUCUAUUAUUGAACAUGCUACCGGACCCCGAUUAUAAGGAAGCACUUACUUGCGCAUUUGUACUACAUUACAGUAGAAUUUCGAUGAUACUUGAACGUUCAACAGAUCCUGAUACUUUGAGCAACAGAGUAGUCCACGUUAGCGUACAGCUUUUUAGUAACGAAAGUUUAGCAUUGAAAAUGGUGGAUAAAUUAAAAUUAUUACACGUUAUGGUUAUUAGUUUGAAAUACAUGAUGAAUAAGAUUCUAAUUAAGAAUACCUUACACGACGCAGACAAAAAUUUUCACUUUGUAGUAGACUGUGGUCGACAAGUGAUGAAAGAACAUUGUUAUUGGCCUCUUGUGUCAGACUUGAAUAAUGUUCUUUCACAUAAGCCCGUAGCUGUUCGAUUUAUGAGCGACAAUACACUUUUGGAAAUGUGGUUCGAGUUCCUGUCCAUGUUUCAAGGAAUGAAUGUUAAUCAACGAGAAUUAAGACAACAUAUUGAAUUCGAACCUAAUACGUACUAUGCAGCGUUCAGUGCCGAGCUGGAAGCCAGCGCGUAUCCGAUGUGGGCCUUGGUUUCCCAUUUGCGUGGUCCUGAAAGUGCAACUCUUAGUAAGAGAGUGCUUACGUUUUGUCUUACCGCUUUGCAAGAUUGGUUAGAUGCUGUGAAUUACACGCAUCCAAACGAAAGUGAUAGUUUGCAAGUAUCGUUUCAUCUACCACUUCAUCGAUAUUUUGCUGUGUUUAUGUGUCAAGCUAUUCGUCAACAAGGAGCGACACUUAAUGAAUUGUUACCUUCUACUGAUAUGCUACAUCUUUUAAUGAUGCAUCCUUUACGAGUUCAGGUUGCCUGUUUUGAAGUUUUGAAUGGAUUGUGGGUCCGUAAUGGACUUCAAAUAAAAGGUCAAGCUAUGACAUAUAUACAGUGCAAUUUUUGCAAUUCUAUGGUGGACGCAGAUCUUUAUUUGUUGCAAGUUUGCGCGACUAAAUUACAACCUGAUGUCUUUCUAAACACCGUUAUCGAAAAGUUUCAUGUAAAGGAAUGGAUGAGCUUUUGUUUAUAUCAUACACGACAAAAUGAAUAUCUAGAAGGAGAACACGAUACUCCUAUGUUGGAAAGUUGCUUAACAUUUCUGGCUACAUUGGUUAACGUUCGAACAAAUUUAGGGUUGUCUGAUCCUGAAAUGUCAUGUUUGGAACUAGUUACUUUAUUAUGUAUGGGGGACAAGACCCAUAGUCAGUUAAUGGAGUUGAUGCCUGAACGCUGUGGCACCCCGCAAAAUAGAGAUUUUGAAUCUGUUUUGGCCGAUAUAGCGCAGUAUAGAGCUCCAAAUUUAGAAGCUAGCGGUAACAUGCAACAGGGAAUGUACGGCCCUAAACCACGCGUGUGGGAUGAAUUAUUUGAUCCUUUGCAUGUUUUAUUAAGGGCAGUGCAUAGGAGAGAUUUUCAGAUAUCGAUGGAUCGUUUUACGGAAUACGUCAAACAAUCGGGCAAGUUAAAAAACAGUGCAACAGCAUGGCCACCAUUUAGACAUCCUGCUCCUGUUUCACCUGAUUACGACGAUCCACGGUGUGUGUUACGCACCAAAGUUUUUCAUGCUAUGAUUUUAAUAAUUCUUUACAAGGCUGUGUAUGGACAUAAUAUAUCAGAGCAUGUCAUGGCACUGACUAUUUACUUAUUAGAGAUGGCAGUAAUUACUGCGGAAGUACCUGACAAAUCUACGAAUCCUUUGUGUCAGUACAACAGCGACACGUCGUCUCGCGUAAUAAAAGAUAUGGAUUUGUCUAGUUGGUAUACAAGUGAUAAUUUGUCUGAAAAUCUUAGGACGGUAAUACCUCAAGUUAUUAAAGUUCAAGAAUCAGAACCAAGUAGUUCAGACAGUGAACUGGAAUGGGAAAUUCAAGGUGAGAUGACAGAAGUAGCAACUUCGCUUAUGUUAAAUGAUGAAGGCUCCUUAGAAGUUCUGUCUCUUCCAUCUUUACCUUCUUUACCAGCUUUACCUGCAACAAAUGCACGUUUUCAUAUGACUAUUGUACCUGAAGGUGAAAUUGUUGCUAUAUCAGAUAGUAAUACCGACGAUGAGUUAUUACCUCUACAAAGAGCUUUGCCACCAUCUACAGAAGAAACCAUGGCUGUAGCACUUGAACAAGCUCCUUCAUCGAACAAUAUGGUCAGUGGACAACGUGCUAUAUCACCUGAGCCUCCACGGCUUGCUAUUAUGGCUGGGAAUGAAAUUGUUCCUGCUCAAACGGUGUAUUCGAGACUAAGUACUUCCGGAAUAACAACAACGACGGAAAUCGUUCCAUCUACAUCAAAUUCUCACAAACACUUCAAGAGAAGAGAACUUCUGAGCGGGCAAAUGCAACCAAAAACAGUGAAAGUAGGCGAGAGUAUAAUUUCGUUACUGUUGAGGUUACACUCGCAAUUGUCAGGUGUUCCAGAUAGUUAUAAUCCAGAUCAAAGUGCAACAGCGGAUAACGAAGCUAGUAGUAGUUCAGCUGCUACGCAACCUAAAGAGUCAAGGAUCGGUGACGGCCCAUACUUUAUCGCGCAGCUUCUUAAUAAAAUAGCAAAUCUAGAUCCCAUGUGCAAAGAUACUAUUGUUGAUACUAGAAACAAGCUAUGGCUCCCUAUGCAGGAGUGCGAGGAUAAACAACGCGAGAGGGAGCAUCGGGAAAGAGAAGAGAGACGGAGACGGGCGAAAGAAAGGCAGCAGAAACUUAUGGCUGAAUUUGCCGAUAAGCAAAAACAGUUUAUGGAGAAAGCGAUGAAAACAGAUGAAGCAGGAGUGUCUGGUAUGGAUUGGGAUCAGGACGACAAUACAACCAAAUUAACUAGCAAGAAGGAAUAUGAUUGUGUUAUUUGCAAUCAAACUACUCCCAGUAGUGAACACGCACCUAUGGGUCUUGUUGUAUUAGUUCAGGCAACAAGUAUUACCGGACAUGAGCGACAACAAACAGAACGACUGGUCCUACCUACGUCUGAUGAUGAUCCGCCUAUACCAAAGGGUGACACGCGUGGUGCCCACUUUGAUCGAACAAUGGAGGAAAUGACAAACCAUUUCGAAACUGUUUCGUGGGCGUUGGCUGUUAACUUGGGCUGGGAAGGUGGCGUUCAUGUACAAACGUGCGGACACCACUUGCAUCUAGAUUGUUUAAAGUCAUAUUUACAGUCUCUUCGUAACCAGCAAAGACACACUCUUGCAGUGGACAGCGGCGAAUAUCUCUGUCCACUUUGCCGACAGUUAGCUAAUUCCGUUCUUCCUCUUUUUCCGAAAUAUGAAGAAUGCGCGGCAGUGGUGCAGUCUCGUCAUGCCUCCUUUUCUACAAUACUCUCGGAGCUGAACAAUUUUCUGAGAGAGAUACGACGAAAUCCAGUCUCGAGAAAUUUGGCUGUGGCAAUGGGAAAAGUCAUGGAGGAUAUGACGAAUUGCACAUACUUAAAAUAUAAGCAAAAGAACUGUUCUCCUAGUCACCGAAGCUUGUUCCUUUUUGUAACUUCUGUAGCUCGAACUAAUUUUGAAGUUGAACUCGUUCAACGCGGUGGAUCGUUGUGCAUCCCCUCACCCACUACGAUACCUUUGACACCAAAACGUGAUUGUAUUGUUGCACUUCUUCAUGUUUUGGCAAUGCAUACGAGGAUACUGACAGCGUGGCCAGUACAUCGCACUUGGCAAGAGCUCUGUGGGAUUCCCGCCGAACCUGUCACUCCACUCGCUCUGACACGCCACGAGAGAGAAAUCCCUUUGCUUUUGAGAGAUCCGACUGCUCUUCUUAUACAGUUCAUAUUAUUACUACCCCUACAUUUGGAUCAAACGUAUUUCUUUAGUGUGAUAAAAGUAAUGUACAACUUAUUGUACUAUCAAGUGAUAUUACAAAUAAGUUGUGGUUUCACGCCUGCAGAAAGAAAUACAAUUUUGAGGAGAGCCCAAUACGGCGAACGGCCUUCUACGUCUUCGGAAAUUAUACUCUCUAGAAUCAUCGAAUACUUCAAUAAAAGUGAACUUUACCGCACAGAAGAUGGUACGUACAAGCCAUCUACUUCGUCGUCUACAUCGUACGCAACAAUUAAAAUGCACAUAAUCGAGAAGCAGAUACAAUCGUUGUGCUUACCAUUCUUACGAGUAGCUGCAUUACUUCGCUACCAUUUGUACGAACAACCUUUACCCUUAAUUACAGCACCACAGACUGAAUUCAUGAUAUUAGUUUAUUAUUUGGAAUUAGUUUCGGAAGACAUGGAUUGGAAUGUCUAUCAUACAGCGGUAACUUUGAACUGGAAAGAUAGCGAAGCAAGUGUUUCGGUACCACGUCUAUGGUGUGAUCAGAUUCUCGCUUUUGCGAAUCGAACUAACGCAGCGAGAAAUUUGAUUCUGGAACAACACAUAUCGUGGCAGGUACCGAAGUUACUCAGUCUUCCUAGAGAAUACGAUAAAAUUUUUACGUACUACCAUAAACGACAAUGCCGUCAAUGUCAUUCAAUUCCACAUGAGAUUAGCAUCUGUUUGUUGUGUGGCACCAUUGUUUGCUUAAAACAAAGCUGUUGUAAACAGAUGAACGUUUGCGAAGCUGUUCAACAUUCAAUCGAUUGCGGCGCUGGAACUGGUAUAUAUCUGGUAGUAACAUCGACUUAUAUUAUUGUAAUUCGAGGUCGACGAGCCUGUUUAUGGGGCUCUUUGUAUCUCGACGAUUUUGAAGAGGAAGAUAGAGAUCUGAAACGCGGGAAACCUUUGUACCUAAGUCAAGACAGAUACCAAUUAUUGGAACAGCAGUGGCUAGCGCAUAGGUUUGAUCACACGAAAAAAACAUGGGUAUGGCAUCGUGAUUCACUGUAACAGUUCUAGGGCGUUAUAAACCGAUUAUUUUUUAAACAAGUUGAAGACUUUCAACAUGUUUAUUCCCAUACAAUGCCUCGCCAAAAAAUAACAGCGCUUUAAGAAUUAACAGAUCGCUCGAAUACUGUAUGGAUAUUAUAUUUAUUACGAUGCAAGUAAGUAGACUUAAUAUUGAAUGAAAGUAUUAUAAACAAAAAACGAGCUGAGAGCUGAACUAAAAUUGUUUAUAGUCACAACACCUGAAAGAUUAUAUCUGAAAAAAUGUAUGUUUUGAAUUAAACCUUGUACAUUUUAUUUAAGAAAAAAAAUAUAUAAAUAUAUAUAUAAAUAUAUAUAUUACGUCCUUUAAAAAAAAAGUACUUAUCUAGUGAGUAGCAUUUGUACUUUAGAGACGGAAACGAUUUAAUUCGUUAGUCGAAAUUUUUGGUUAUGCUAGAAAGUGAAUAAGUUAUGUUUUCGAAAAUAAUUAAUUUCUUAUUAUUAAUGAAAUUUCCUUGUUGAGGUGGAUUAAGUUUAGUGUGUGCCUUUUUAAAAGAAAAAUACAAAAAGAUAAUCCGUUACGUCCUAUAAUUUAUUACUGUAAUUACUUUACCGAUUAUUAAAAAUCUAUAUUUCAAAAGCAUAUUUUGUAUUUAGAUUAUUCAGAAAUAGAAUUUUCUAGUUUACCAUAGUUUAAUCAUCAUAAACUGAAAAGUGCAAAGUGCGUUAUACUAGAUUUGUAAAUACGACAAAAUCAAAGACUGAUGUCUUUAUUGUAGGAACUCUGUUUCUGAAUAAGUUUAGUAACAAAUCGAGCUCGAUACUAAAAUCUCUGUAUAAUUUAUCUGUAGUAUCUCACUUAAAAGAACUCUAAAUCGUUCUGGCAAACCUAUAAGAAUGAUUACGACUGUUUACGAAUUGCUAGCUACAAGGUGAAGGGAAAAAUUUCAUGUACACAUAUAACAUUGGCAGAAAUAUUGUUCUAGUAAGAAACAAUUGUACAGCGAUGUUUUAGUCGUAACAAGAUCGGCGUGCAAAUUACGUUCAGCAUAUCGAAUUAAGAUCUUUUCGAUUAUUAAUAAAUGACCAGAGUCAGGCAGUGUAGUAAUAAGCAAGAUCGUUAACACCGCAUAACUAUUAUUGUAAAAUUUCCUCUUGUAAAAAUAGCUUUUGUUUCAAUUUCAUAAUGCGAAUUCUUUUACAGCAGUUUAUAAGAGACUGUUAGUCAAUAUGUCGCGGAUCAAUGAACUUGCGAUUCAGACAAUAUUUGAUGCAUUAUUUUUCUGUAUGCAUAUUAUGGGCUGUGUAUAUUAAACUAUAUAAAUUCAUUUUAUCGAACGAA